CGGUGUGGCGGGCGAUGCGCGAGCGGCGGCGGCAUCAUGCAUGAGACUCUGACUCAGAGUCCGUUGGGGACCAACAACAGCAGCAGUUCUCCUUCCUGUGAUCUUCCGUACGACGAGGACCGGCUGCCGCUGGUGCUGCUCUACAGCGUCGUGCUCGCCAUCGGGCUGCCGGCCAACCUGCUGACCAUCUACCUCACCUGGCUGCAGGUGAGGCGGAAGAAUGUGCUGGGUAUCUACUUGUGGAGCCUGUCGCUGUGCGACCUCAUGUACCUGUGCACGCUGCCGAUGUGGGCGUACUACGUGAACCAAAACCACAUGUGGCCCUGGAGCGGGCUGGCCUGCAAGGUGACGGGCUACAUCUUCUUCAACAACAUGUACAUCAGCAUCUUCUUGCUCUGCUGCAUCUCCUGCGACCGCUACGUGGCUGUAGUCUACGCCGUCGAGUCCCGCGGCCUCCGCAGGCAGCGACUGGCAAUCAUUGUCGCCGCCGCCAUCGUCCUGGUGGUCGCUCUGGGCCACAUGCCGGUCUUCAUCAUGCAGGAAGGCAACGCCAGCGACGGCCGAUGCUUUGAGCCAGGCCAUAGCAAUACCGUGGUGACGGGCUUCAACUAUGCCCGCUUCGUCAUCGGCUUCCUGAUCCCGCUGGCGCUGCUGGUCAUCACCAAUCGAGUGAUCCUGGCCAACAUCCAGCUGAGCAGCGGUCUGCGGCCGCAGCAGAAGGAGCGGGUGCGCUACCUCGCGGUGGCGGUGGUGGCGCUGUUCCUGGUGUGCUUUGCUCCGUACCAUGUCAUCCUCCUGGUGCGCGCCAUCACCUUCCACUUUUCCCAGCCAGGUCCCAGCAGCUGCGACUUCGAGAAGAAGAUCUACACGCCGUACACCAUCUCGCUGGGCCUGUCCACCUUCAACAGCGCCAUCAACCCCAUCCUCUACGUCCUGUCCAGUGACAACAUCCAGAAGGAGCUGGUCCGAGGCCUCGCCGCGCUGCACAGCCGCGCCACCGUCCGGCCCAGGUCCACCGACAGCAGCCAGCACAAGAUGCAGCACUCCAAGAACUCAGCGGAGACCGCCGCCACCAGCCGGGCCACAGAGAAACCAGGAUCAUCAUGAUGAUGGGUUCUGAUCCAAGCUGUGAAUGAAGACAGAGCUUCACACCAGAGAGAGAGCUCAGAGGUCUGUGUCUGGCAUCAGGGGUAAAGGUGAACCUGAAACCCACACAUCGGAGAUUAGAUUAGAUUAGAAUAGAAUAGAUUAGACAGCUGUGUUGGAGAACAGUGGAGAAACUCAUUUGCCACCAAAUCAACUCAUUCAGACGAGAGUCAGUACCGACACUGCAGUCACCCAGCAGACGACCAGCAGUGUGUAGUUUACUGUCCCGGUGGACUGCAGGAUAUCUGUAAGACUGGACUGUUUCUAUGUGCUGACAUUUAAUCAUCACCAGGGGAUCUGCUCCUUCUUCCUUCUGAAAUAAUGAACUCUUUGAUCUUCUAACCAUUCAGGUUUUACACUGGACAGCUGAUGUAGCUUGAAUGAAAAGGCUGGUGGUUGAACCACAGCUGUGUUCUGUACUUUAAAAGUCAUUCAUUUUUUUGUUAAACUGUGCUUUAAAUGUGUAAAACCACCAGAAAAAUAACAUAAAAGAUAAAAAAAAGAGCAUAAUUGAGAGUUUCACGCUGUGAAGAAUAUGAAGUGGUGGCAAGCCAUGAGAUUUCUGGGUGACUCCUGUUGCCACAGCGACAGCUGUAGCAUUCACGGAUGUGUGUGUGUGUGUGUGUGUGCGUGUGUGCAGGUGUGCAGAUUUCUGUGGUGGAAACAUCGCCUGCAUGUUCUUGUCGGCUCGUCUUGCAGCAUGUACAGAUUCUUGAAAACAGUUUUUUGUGUCUUCCUGUGUCUUCAGAUGGGAAAGUACUGAAGCUCCUUCCUCUUCCUCUCCUUCACCGCUGACUUUCAUCACCUAAACCAGACUUUUCCAUGUGACGUGUUCUGUGUGUGUGUGUGUGUGUGUAUUCACCAAAUACUCACUGGCAUGGCCUUUUUGUAAAUAUGUGACUUUUU